CGCCGUCUUCCGGCCUCGAGCAGCGAGUCCGCUGGUAUUGAGGCGGUAAUCGGGCUGUGGUCAGGGGGCAGGCCGACCAAGGAGGAAACAAAUGGAGGUCCGGAGCUAUCCGGAAGCUCCGCGACAUGACUGCUGUGUCUCUGGAAGGAUAUGUUUAUGUUCUGAAGAUGGAGUCCUGGCCCCGCCCAUCUAACUGUCCGAUUGUCCUCUGCAGUUUCCUCCUAUUUCUUGACACCAGCUCUGACAUCUAAGGACUCUGUCCUUCCCCAAGAGGAAGACCCACCAGCCCUUGAACUCCCGGAAGUCAUGCCUCUCGGUUCAGAACUGUUCAGGGACGUGGCCAUAACUUUCUCCCAAGAAGAGUGGGAGCGCCUCGAGCCUGCUCAGAAGGACUUGUACAGAGAGGUGAUGCUGGAGAACUACGGCCAUCUGGUCUCACUGGGUCUUACCAUAUCCAAACCCGAUGUGAUAGCCAUCCUAGAGCAAGGAAGGGAGCCUUGGCUAGAGGAGAGGGGCACCGCAGGAGGUCUGCCUUCAGCAUUGGAAUCUGGAUACGGUGCCAAAAUACUGUCUGCAAAGCCACGCGUUAAUGAAAUGGAGUCGCCACGGUGGGGGAUGAUGGGAGGCCUUGCAAGCUGUGGUCUUGAGGGCUCGAGCUUCCAGGAUGAUGGGGAAGACGAAGGCCUGUUUGACAGACAACCAGGAAGUCCAGACAGAAAUGCCAGUCCCGUGUUAAUCAGUCAUGAGGAAAUGCCCGCUUUAAACCAGCAAGCACCUCUUACUUUUUCCCAGAGAAAGUCCUGUCGAUAUAAUAAACGCAAAAAAGACUUGUGGCACAAGGAAUUCUGUAUCAAUCAAGGAAUUCCUAUUAACGAGAAGCCCUACAAAUGUAGGGAGUGUGGGAAGGCCUUUAAAUACGGUUCACGACUAAUCCAGCAUGAGAAUAUUCAUUCUGGCAAGAAGCCUUAUGAAUGUAAAGAAUGUGGGAAGGCCUUCAAUUCUGGCUCAAAUUUCAUACAACACCAGAGGGUUCAUUCAGGUGAGAAACCUUAUGAAUGUAAAGACUGUGCUAAAGCCUUCAGUCGGAGCUCACAGCUCAUUGAGCACCAGCGAAUCCAUACCGGGGAGAAACCCUAUCAAUGUAAGGACUGUGGCAAGGCCUUCAAUCGGAUCUCGCAUCUUAAAGUCCAUCACAGGAUUCAUACCGGUGAAAAGCCCUACGUGUGUAAGGAGUGUGGGAAGACCUUUAGUCAUAGGUCUCAGCUGAUUCAGCAUCAGACUGUUCACACUGGCAAGAAACUCUUCGAAUGUAAAGACUGUGGGAAGGCUUUUAACCAAGGAUCCACUCUUAUCCGACAUCGGCGAAUUCAUACUGGAGAGAAACCUUAUGAGUGCAAGGCAUGUGGCAAGACCUUUCGAGUGAACUCGCAGCUUAAGCAACAUCAGAGAAUUCACACCGGGGAGAAACCCUACCAGUGUACUGUGUGCAGUAGGGCCUUCCAGCGGGUCUCACAUCUCACGGUCCAUCAUAAAAUCCAUACCCACAAGAAGCCAUACGAGCGCGAGGAAUGUGGGAAGGCCUUCGGCCAUUGCUCACAACUGAGUCGACAUCAGGUGAGCCGUUCCAAGGAAAAGCCCUACAAGGGAUGUGGCAGGAGCGUAAGUCACGAUCCAGCUACCGUUCAGCCUCCCAGACAGCGCAAUAGAGGAACGCGUGUGAACAUAAUAAAUGUAGAAAAGCCGUCCCUCGGCCCUUACCCGCUAUUAAUCAUCCAGGAGUUUGUGCUGGCAAGCAACCACAGGAAUGGAAGUAAUACAAGGAGCCCAUUAGCCGCCGCCCUCACCAUUGACUCCGCUGAUUACCCGCCCCUUCUCCUCAAGCCCCUCCCCUCAGCUCAGACUACUGAUUACCCGCCCCUUCUCCCCCCGCUUUCCCGGACUCCGCUCCUUCUCUGUUGUGGCUGCAAGAGGCUGCGCCUGCGCACAGAAGCUUGCCUGUUCCCUCCCGGCGUCCCUAGGUUGACAGCGUCCGUCCGGGUAAGGCAGCAGCGGGAGCCGGAGUUGAAGCGGUUGUUCCCGAGUGCGAGCGCUGCGGGCAGGGGAGACCCUCGUAAUCCCCGCGUUUCCCGGAGGCCAGCGUCCUUGGAGGCUGGGCUUCCCAGGACACAGCUGUUCUCCAAAGGAGAAACCAGCAGGAGAAGGCAAGAAAUGACCGUGGAACUAAUGAAAGCCACGUUACAGGACUCAGUGACAUUCAAAGAUGUUGCGGUAGACUUCUCCCAGGAGGAAUGGGAGCAGCUGAAUCCUGCUCAGAGGAGUUUGUACAGGACUGUGGUGCUGGAGAACUACCAGAACUUGGUCUCAGUGGGAGCUUGCAUUUCCAAGCCACAUCUAAUCUCGUUACUGGAGCAUGGGAAGGAGCCUUGGGAGGUGAAGGGUGAGGUGACGAGAAGCACAUUACAAGAUGGAGAACCUAUACACAAGACACAAGAAUUAUCUCUGAAGCAAUUUGUGUUUGGUAAUAAGUCAGUGGAGAAAAUUACAAGUUUUGGUUAUGAGUGUCCCACUUCUGGAAAAAAGUGGGAAUGUAAAGACCUUUUUAAUAGACAAGUGACAAAUCAAGAAAUAUUAUUUAACGUGAAAGAAACCGUCACUCAUAAAGAAACUCACACUAAAGAAAUAGGCUACAAAUACUCCAAAUCUUCAAAAUCUGUCCAUCUGGACAAUGUAGAAGAGAAUAUUUAUAGUCACAAGUCAAAGAAGAAACCCUUCUCUAAAAAUCCCAAGGUACGAAAAUACAAGAAAAUCUGGGCAGGAAAGACCAUUUUUAAAUGUAAUGAAUGUGAGAAAACCUUUACGCAUAGCUCCUCUGUUACUGUUCAUCAAAGAAUUCAUACAGGUGAGAAGCCAUAUAAGUGCACAGUGUGUGGGAAAGCCUUCAAGCAGAGUCACCACCUUGCUCAGCAUCACACAACACACACCCAUGAGAAGCUCUUUGAGUGUAAAGAGUGUAAGAAAGCCUUCAGCCAGAACUCAUACCUCAUUGUCCAUCAAAGAAUUCAUACGGGAGAAAAGCCGUAUACGUGUAAGGACUGUGCAAAAUCCUUCAGGCAGCCUGCACACCUGGCUCAGCAUCAGAGGAUUCACACCGGGGAGAAACCCUACCAGUGUAAGGAGUGUGGGAAGACCUUCAGGGAUAGCUCUACCUUUGCUCAGCAUCAGAGGUGUCACACCGACCAACGGCCCUUUCAGUGUGCUGAGUGCGGUCAAGCCUUCAGGUAUAACAUGUCCCUCACUCGUCACUUCAGGCAUUAUCACACCGGAGAGAAGCCAUUUGAUUGCACUGACUGUGGGAAAGUCUUCAGCGUUCACAUAGGACUUACCUUACACAGGAGAAUUCACACUGGAGAGAAACCUUACAAAUGUCACGUGUGUGGCAAAGCGUUUCGCAAUGGGUCAUCCCUGACUGUACACCACAGAAUUCACACAGGGGAGAAGCCUUACAAAUGUGACAUUUGUGGGAAAGCCUUCAGCCAUAGCAUGUCACUCACUGGCCAUCAAAGAGUACAUUCUGGAGAGAAACCUUAUAAAUGUAAGGAGUGUGGGAAAGCUUUUCGGCAGAGUAUACAUCUUAUUGUCCAUUCAAGAAUUCAUACCGGAGAAAAACCAUAUGAAUGUAAGGAAUGUGGGAAAGCUUUUAGAGAAAGUUCACAGCUAACCACGCAUCAGAGAAAUCACACAGGAGAAAAGCCUUUUGAAUGUAAGCAGUGCGGUAAGUUUUUCAAAAGAAGUACCUAUCUUGCCAGACAUCAGAAGAUCCAUACAGGAGAGAAACCUUAUGAGUGUAAUGAAUGUGGGAAAACCUUCACACAUACUGCCUACCUUGUAAGACAUAAGAGAGUUCAUACUGGAGAGAAACCUUACAAAUGUACUGAAUGUGGAAAGGCAUUUGGUGAUGGCUCAUCCCGUGCUCAGCAUCAGAGACUUCACACAGGUCAGAGGCCCUAUGUAUGUGAUAAAUGUGGAAAGGCCUUCAGAACAAAGUCAUCCCUUAAUUGUCACCAAAGAUGUCAUAUUGGAAAGAAACCUUAAAACUAUAUCCCCUCUGGCAAAUCCUUUAGCCACUGACAAAUCUUUACCAUUCAUCAGAGAAUUUAACUUUCAACCAGAUUGUUUAUUCUAUGUGGAAGAAUUCACACAGGUAAGAGAGCUCUUAGGAAUGCACGGAAUAUGCAGAAGUCUUCAGGUAGUGUUCUUUUUUUGUUUGUUUGUUUGUUUGGUUUUUCAAGACAGGGUUUCUCUGGGUAGUUUUGGUGCCUGUCCUGGAACUCGCUCUGUAGACCAGGCUGGCCUCAGAUUCACAGAGAUCCACCUGCCUCUGCCUCCUGAGUGCUGGGAUUAAAGGCAUGUGCCACUAUUGCCCGGCUUCAGGCAGUGUUUUUAAAAUGUCCAUCACUGGAGAGUUCUCGAUGCAGAGUCAUCUCAGGCACUCCUCUGUGUCACCAAGUCUUGUGUAUAUACCUGCUGAGUAUUUCCAUUUAUCUUUGUUUCUGUUAGUGUGCUCCAAAACACCAUUGUUUCACUUGAACUUUUCCAAAUGUCUGUAAUUGGCACUGUUUCCUUCAAGUUUAUUAAUAAUUUUACAGUCACAGAAUCUUUUAAAAAUAUAAAUGUUAUUUAUGUAAUUCUUCUAAAACUCAUUGUAAAAUGUCUGUUUAAUGCAUAUGACAUGCUUAGCAACAUGACUGAGUACAUUAGGUUUGGAUGGAGAACAUCCCUCCGAUGAUUAGGAGACACAUCAGCACAGGACACAGGCCACACACAGAAGUAAAGGGACAUAAGGGGACAUCCGUGAGCCCAUGCCUUUAUUGGGCCCAAGGGUCCAGAUUUCCUUUGUUGAGCUGAAACAAGCAGACAUGCGUUCUGGGAGGUCAUGUCAUGUGUGAACAGUGAUCAUUGUGGCAUAUGUGCCCAGGCCAUCGGCAGCAGUCCAUUUAAAGAGGUGGCAGGGGCAGGGAGCUCAGUUUGACAGGAGAAAUGCUUCUGAGUUCGUACUCUUGGUGCCAGCUUGAGCUGUUUGUGGUAGAAGGUGUCAAGGGUGACUGACCUAUGCUUCUAGCAUGGGAAAGGUAAAACUUUAAUUAAAUAUAUACAAAAGAACAUAAAAUUAUAGGACUUCACUACACUGACUCAUGGGGUUGCUUAGAAAAUGUGUUAGACCAGAAAUGCUAUUUCUAAACUAUCAACUCUGGAAUUUGGAAUACGGCUUUGGUGAUCAUUUGAUAACAAUUUAGAAACUGGAAGUGUCUUCAGGUGGAUGACAAUUAGCAUAUGUAGUAUGUUUAAAGUUUAAUAAUACAGAAACAUUUUAAUGAUUCUAAGGUUAUCUUUCCUUAUGUGCAAAGAAAUUAAAUAUGGUCUGUUAUGUAGA